UGCAAGCCCAAAUAUUAUUACCCUGGAUCACCAACUAGUGUAAAAAGAAUGCUUUAACAGCACUUGGACACAACAUUCUGAGAAUGGUUUACUGCUAUCUUUUGUUGUUAAUGGCACACUCUAGAACAGCUCUGAUAUAACAUGGAACAACUACAGAUAUUCACAAAUAUGCUAUCUGGAGAGAUCAGGAAUAAUCACUGUUUGGACACAUAUCACUUGUAUUGUAUCAGAAAAGUUUGCUUGAAUCUUGGUGAUGCAAAGAAAGCGAUCUCAGCAAGUUUACAUGGAAAAUUCUCUGGACUCUGGACUGCUUCAAUAAAUGCUUCUGGUCAAGGUUUGCUAUUCCCUCCGCAGAAUAAUUUUGCAUCUCAAAUUUUAUUCAUGAAAUGACUUCAUAGGAUAAAAUUCCACAGGAUGAUAUUGGGCUAAAGUGGAUUUUAAUGAGAUAACGUGACCCAAAACUAUCAUUGCAUUUCAUAUUUGCCAUCAAUUUGAUUAUUAUGUUGUAGGACUGGUAUGACAUGCCAUUAAUUUGAUUAAUGAGGAAUGCACAUAAAGUAAAUAAGAUUCAUUAUACUUUGCAAAACAUAUUAUUUUAAAUGCAACUUUAUUUUUUGUAGCUGUGACCAACUAUAUUUUUUGAACAAAGUGUAAUAGAUGCAAUUCUCCCAAAUAUGUGCUCUCUACAUUCCCCCCCCCCCCCGGUCUGGGGAUAUAUAUCAUAUGUAAAUAGUGAUAGCUGUAAAUGUUUAUUGCUGCUCAUUUUGCCAGAAAACAUAUUAUUUUGGCAGGUCACUUUAUUCUAAUUGAAUUGAUAUCUCCCCCCUUAAAUACACAUUCUGAGAUGAAAGCAGUGAACAUUAUCAGAUGUAGGAGGAGGGGUAGAGCCAGAGGACAGAGUUAAAAAAGGGAUGAGCCUUAAAUCUCUAUGUAGCCAAAGUGGACUAAGUCUAACCCACACAUGACUUCUCCCCUAGACCAUUAUCUAACUCCAAGUACUAAUGGAUAGUUGAGAAUAUUUCUGUGCAAAGGGUAUUUAUCAACAAAUCAGUUUAAUUGGAUCUUCACAUAUAGACCUAGCCUAUCAUACCUGACAUCAGAAUAUUGUUUAUUUCCCUUAAUGUUAUAGAAUAUGUGACAUUGUUUGUUAUGAUGUGGUUAAUAUGUUUAGAAAUACAACAUCUGUUUUUUAUGCUGUUUAGAUAUGCCAACCAGGUAUUCAAGAAAUGUAUGUCAACUUUUACCACAAUCAUCAGAUAGAAGAAAAGAAGGAAAAAUGAGGCUACUGAAGUUCUUCAAAUUGUUUUUCAGAAGGGAAAAUAGGGAAGAAUGGAAAUAAAUCAGUCAAGUGUAACAACAUUCAUUCUUUUAGGAUUUAGCAAACUUCCCCAAAUAGGAAUACUACUCUUUACACUGUUUUUUCUUAUAUACAGUUUGUCUAUUGUGGGGAACCUACUUAUUGUUCUACUUGUUGUAGCUGACCAUCGUCUUCAUACCCCCAUGUACUUCUUCCUUGUAAAUUUGUCUUGUUUGGAGACAUGUUAUAUUUCAACCAUCCUGCCCAGAAUGCUGGCUAGUUUUGUAACUGAGGAUAAAUCUAUAUCUGUCUAUGGGUGUAUGACACAAUACUACUUCUUUGGUUUUUUAGCAUCCACCGAAUGUUAUCUUCUGGCAAUGAUGUCUUAUGAUCGAUAUUUAGCAAUCUGCAAACCUCUGCAUUAUGCAUCUUUCAUGAAUGGUAAACUCUGUCUCCAGUUAGCCCUCACAUCUUGGAUAAGUGGUUUGUUGACCAACACUGUCGUAACUGCUUUUCUGUUACAAUUAAAUUUUUGUGGACCCAAUGAAAUUGACCAUUUCUUUUGUGAUGUGUAUCCAGUGGCAAAUCUUUCCUGUAGCAAUACACACCUAGUGAAACUUUCUACUUUUAUUCUAGGAUUCAUGAGUAUAGGGAUCCCAUUUCUCCUAACAAUGACCUCCUACAUCUAUAUACUUUAUACUGUGUGGCAAAUGAAAUCUAAAAAAGCACAACAGAAGGCCUUCUCUACCUGUUCUUCUCAUCUCACGGUAGUUUCAUUUUUCUUUGUUUCACUAUUGCUUGUCUAUGUUGUUCCUGAAACAGAAAGACUGAAGGAGCUACAUAAAAUCUUUUCUCUUUUCUACACUGUCCUGACUCCAACAGUCAACCCCAUCAUCUACAGUUUGAGAAACAGAGAAGUUAAGGAAGCCUUCUUUAAAAUUGUUAGAAAAUACAGCAAUAUAGUUUUAUAGUAUCAUAACUUUUCAAUGAAUGUGGUAAAGUAGAAUUAAAGAUAGGAAGUAUAUAACAGAUUUUGGUGCUAUGCAGACUAAUGUAAAGUAUGCAUGACAUACUUUCAUGUAUGAUAGAUUUUUCACCUUAUGUUGCCUUACAUAUUAUUUUAAUAUUUAAAAUAGUGUUUCUGCCACUUUGUUUCAAAACAGUUCAUGGCCCUGUAUAGUCCUAGUAUAAAUUUCAUAAUUUGUUUCAAAAGUGUCCAUUACUACCCAUUUUUACAAAAGUGCCAUUAUAUGGCCCAUCAUGGGGGGGAGUAAAAAUAUUUGGGCAUAUGAUUGUAGUUUAUAUUACUACUAUAACUACUGUGAUAUUGAUUUAUUUCCUGUAUUAUUUUCUAUUGUAUGUUCCCUUUGUAAUAUGUUUAGAUUUGGUUUUUGAUGGAAAUGAUACAAAACACUUAUAAAGAAAGAAAGAAAAUGGCAGGGAACAUUUUAGUUCCUGGUAAAUUGUUUGGCUGUAUCUGAUCCUAGCCACCCUGGCAGCCAUUUUAUGAACCACCACAUUCCCGAAUUGCAAUUACAUAAAGUACUCAAAAUAUUUUCACAGAAUUACUAAUAUGCUUGCUAGUUCAAAUGCUUCUAAAAAGGCAUGUAGUGUAUUGGAUCAAGAAACCCAUUUUAAAUAUAACUUUAUUACAAUCAUGCACUUGAGAUGGAAACCCAUAUGAAUUUAAUAAAUAAAUAAAUAUUUUUAUUUUAAUUAUAAUUAUUUUUGUUUCUAUGUAUUCAUUUAUUUCCAUCCACACUAAAUAACAAAAUUUAAAGUAAGGCUUACAUAUGUAAUAAUACAUAUAUGUAAGAGGAAGAAACCUUAUAAAAUUAAUGAGAUAUUGGAUAUACCAAAGGUUUUCUAUAAGUUCAGGCUACAGAUUUAAAAAAAAAAUCUAUUUGUUUCAAAACACCCUUCUAUUAGUCAUUUACUUAGGAAAUUUUGAAGCUAAAAUAGUAGAAAAAUAAAUGAAUGAAAUCUAUUGUUCUAACAUAAAUGUUAAAUCGUUUGUUUAACUUCCUUUCUGUUUACUAUGAUAUGGCAGUCUAGCAUCUUUUUGAAUUUAUUGCUGAUGAUUGCUUCUAGAAUAGGAAUAUUCUAGAAUAUUUUAUUUAUUUAUUAAACUCAUUAUCAUGUGACUGGCUGUUUUAAAUAAGAAUAUGAUAAUCUUAUUCUAGGACCGUGUUAUUUAUUCCAUUUAUAUUUGAAUAAAGCCCUAGACUUUUCAUCA